AUGAUUGAAACAAUAAAUAAACGUGGUCAAACUACAAAAAAACCAGAAAUUGUUAUUGACUAUAACAAAGGAAAAGCUUUGGUUGACAUAUGUGAUCAGAGGUUCUCAUACUACAGUCCACUAAGAAAAUUCAUGAAAUGGUAUAGGAAAGUUGCAAUUGAAAUAAUACUGAGCACUUCAGUUCUAAAUGCCAUAUGUUUAUACAAUAAAGUAAAUAAAACGAAAAUUGGAAUUACUGAAUUUAAAGAAAUGUUGGUAAAAGAUAUGUGUGGUGUUUAUGAAGAAACUAAUAAAGAAGAAGUUGAACACAAACUAUCUAAAUCUGGAAAAAGAACUCGAUGUGUGAAAUGUUACGAUGAAAUGGUAAAACAAGGAGGAAGAAAUCAUGCUCAGCGAAUAACGAAACAAUCAAAUUAUUGGUGUGCAGCUUGCCAGAAAGUGUACUGCAUCGAAUGUUUUUUUGAUGACCACAGAGUCCGGGCAAAAUAA